AUGAGCGUUAAGAUAGAAAACACGAGAAUCGUCAAACCUUUGUAUGAAGGCAAUCCUCCAUUGACGACAGGCCAUGUCCCUCUUAGUGUGUUUGAUAGGGUCACCUUUGAUGCUCAUAUUGCUAUUAUAUAUGCGUAUCGGCCACCGACCCCUCCGAAUAGCACUAUCUUGUUGGGGCUUAGAAAAGCGCUUGCACUAUAUAGGGAGUGGGCGGGGAGAUUGGAAAGAGAUGAGAAGGGUAAUCCAAUUGUUGUACUGAAUGAUAAAGGUAUGAAGUUUGUAGAAGCAACAAGCGAUUCUACUCUUGAUAAGAUAAUGCCUUUCAAGCCAUCUGCGUCAUUGCUCAACCUUCACCCUAGCCUUAAGGGGGUGGUCGAGCUUAUCCAAGUCCAAGUAACGCGUUUCAAGUGCGGUUCUUUAGUGGUUGGGUUCACCUCCCAUCACCUCAUUGCUGAUGGUCACUCCACCAGUGAUUUCUUAAUUGCAUGGGGCAAAAUGUGCCGUGGCAUCAUGAUUCAGCCCUUACCAUUACAUGACCGCACCAUUUUUGUCCCGAGAAAUCCACCCAAAAUUGAGUAUGACCAUGUUGGAGUCGAAUACAUGCAGAAACAAAUAAAGAAAAACGACCAUUUCCUCAACAACAACGACAUGAAAUUGUUGGAAGACAUCGUGGUUCACAAAGUCCACUUCACCUGCGAGUUCCUAGCUAAGCUCAAGGCCAAGGCCUCUGCCAUGAACGAUGGCGCCAGGCCAUACAGCACCUUCGAAAGCCUCGUGGCGCAUCUAUGGCGAGCCAUAACCAAGGCAAGAAACCUCGGAGGCUUCGAAACUACCCACAUUAGAAUCUCGGUUGACGGUCGUGCACGCCUUAACCCCAAAGUUCCCAACGAGUACUUCGGCAACUUGGUACUGUGGGCAUUUCCAACUGCCAAGGUUAAAGACUUACUGCGUGAGCCUCUUCCAUACGCAGCUAAGCUCAUCCACGACGCCGUUUCGAAGGUCAACAACAACUACUUCAGAUCAUUCAUAGAUUUCGCAAAUUCCAAGGUGGUUACCGAGGAAGACGGUUUUGUUCCAACCGCCGACAUGGACAAGCACAUUCUCUGCCCUAACCUGGAAGUUGAUAGCUGGCUAAGGUUCCCAUUCUACGACUUGGAUUUUGGAACUGGGUGUCCGUACCUUUUCAUGCCGACAUUUUUCCCAACGGAAGGGAUGAUGUUUCUCCUUCCUUCCUUCAUUGGAGAUGGAAGCAUUGAUGCUUUUAUUCCUUUGUUCCGAGACAACUUGGCUACCUUCCAGCACAAUUGCUAUUCUCUUGACUAGUGUUUUUCUUUUUGGAAGCCACCACUGUCCACUACUAUAUAAUGGUGUAUACUUAGUAACCAUGUUCUAAUGUAAUAGUUCA